GUUCAGCAGAUGUUGGAUGGUGCAAUUGAAUAGUACAUAGCAUUUUAUGUCCAUUAGUUUUAUUUUGCGAUCAGACAUCGCUGCGAACUCUAACAAAAUGCUGUUAAUGUUUAUACUUGCUUCUGCGGCGAUCGUGUCCGCUCACCAUGAACAUCCACAACAAUACAAAGCGAUAGCAAAGCUAACGCAGCCAAGUGGUGACGAGGUCCAAGGUAAUGUGACCUUUACUCAACUAGCUGACGGCAAGGUCCACGUUCAGGGUGUUAUAGUUGGCCUGGCACCAGGACACUAUGGCUUCCAUGUCCACGAGAAGGGGGACAUCUCUGGCGGAUGCGGUACUACUGGCUCUCACUACAACCCUCUUCAUAAAGACCACGGUCACCCCAACGACGAGAACCGUCACGUCGGUGACUUGGGUAACGUGGUCUUCGACGAGAAUCGUGUGAGCGUGUUAGAUUACGUAGACAGCGUGAUCUGUUUAACCGGAGAGUAUUCCAUCGUGGGCCGGGCUGUGGUUCUUCACGAAAAGGCAGAUGAUUUCGGCAGGAGUGAUCAUCCGGACUCCAGGAAGACCGGGAACGCUGGAGGACGAGUGGCUUGCGGUGUCAUCGGUAUCCUGUAGGCAGUAUACUGUACUUUUGUGAAUAUGGACACAGAUUUAAGUAAUACUAAUCCUCGUAGAUUAUAAAAAGACCAAUGAAUACUUAUCUGUGUUUAAAUUCUU